CGUUCUUGGCGGGUUGGGGCGGGGUGGGUGCCCCGCGAUGGGUACGGACCUGACCGGCGCGCGGCGGAGGGGGUCACCGCUGCCGCCGCCGCCGCCCCUGCUGCUGCUGCUGCUGCCGCUGCUGUGGUCGGAUCUGAUCCCGAGCGCGCUUUCCUCGGGCAGCAGCCCCAGCUGGGUCCGCCACGACCUCCUGUCGGAGCAGCAGUUCCUGGAGGUGCAGGACUUGUCCCUCACCCUGUUGCAGGGUGGCAGGCCGGGGCCGCUGUCGCUGCCCACCGAUCUGCCGGACCUGGACCCCGAGUGCCGGGAGCUGCUGCUGGACUUUGCCAACAGCAGCGCCGAGCUGACCGGGUGCCUGGUGCGCAGCGCCCGGCCGGUGCGCGUCUGUCAGACCUGCUAUCCCCUCUUCCAACAGGUCACCAGCAAGAUGGACAACAUCAGCCGAACUGUGAGGAAUGCUUCAGAGAGUCCUAAUUGUGCCAGAAGUCUCUUAAUGUCAGAUAGAAUGCAGAUAGUUGUGAUUUUGUCUGAAUUUUUUAAUUCCACGUGGGAGAAAGCAAAUUGUGCAAAUUGCUUAACGAACACAAGUGAUGAAUUAUCUAAUAGCACGAUUUACUUCCUCACUCUAUUUAAUCACACCUUGACCUGCUUUGAAAAUAACCUUCAGGGGGAUUUACACAGCCUUCUGCAGUUAAAAAAUUAUUCCGAAGUUUGUAAAAACUGUGGUGUAACAUACAAAUCCCUGAGUAAUCUGUACAGUAAAAUGCAAAAAGAGAAUGAACUUGAGAAGAAAGGUGAAUCAGGAACACAUUUAUGCAUUGAUGUGGAAGAUGCAAUGAAUAUUACGCGGAAGCUUUGGAGUCGAACCUUCAACUGCACAGUCCUCUGCAGUGACACGGUGCCCGUCGUGGCCGUGUCUGUCUUCAUUCUCUUCCUGCCUGUGGUUUUCUAUCUGAGUAGCUUCCUUCACUCCGAGCAAAAGAAGCGCAAACUCAUCCUGCCUAAGCGACUCAAGUCCAGUACCAGCUUUGCAAACAUUCAAGGAAAUUCAAACUAAAACCUACAAAAUUGGAGAUGUAGCAGCAUAAAUCAUGGAUGAAUGAUAGAAGACGCAGUUCAGUCCACAAGAAGAGAAACUGUGAUUCGACACAUCAAGUUCUUAAGGAGAAAGGACUUUGAAUUUGUUUUUAAAUAAGAAUUUUCCUUUUCUUUUCCACCCCCUUUUAAGGGUAUGGUAUUUUUAAUUUCCAGGCAUAGUGAUACUGUCUAUUUUAAAGUGUACUUGUUACUAUACAAAAAAAUGCAAGAACAAUCUUGGCUUUGUUUUUGGUAGGCAUAUUACUAUAAUUUGAGACUUCUGUUAUUUCCUUCUUAAUGUAGUACCUCAAAUAGAAAUUUUUUUGAAAAAUAAUAUUUAAAACUUAAUCAGUUAUAGCAGACUUUGAAAAAUAAAUAUACUUGCCAAACAAAAAAAGUAGCAGGUCCCAAAGAUUAAGUUACCAUUACAGUAUUAUGGUUACAUAUAUAUUUAAUAUGUGAUGCAUUACAUAAAACACACAAUUCAGUGUCUAGUUUUCUUAAAGUCACUUUUGGAAUCACUAAUCAUAAAUCUCCCUACCAAUUUUUAGAAGAAGUACAGCACAUUACAUUUAUCUUUGUAAAAAAAUUUAUGGUAACUGGUUUCUUAACUUUUAUAAAUAUUUUACACAUUGCUUUGGUCUUUAUCUCAUAAGUCAUUUGAAAUCAUUGGACUGCUUUAUUAUAUUCAGGACAAGAUGAAUUCAUUUUAUACACCAAGAAUUUGCAUUGUGUAUUACAUUAAUUUAUUUGGAAAUUUAUAAUUUAUUACUACUUUAAAGCAGAUAUAACGUUGCACACUAUAUUAAUUGUGUGUGUAUGUGUAUGUGUUUUUAAUGGUGGUUUUCCCCAUGGAUAUGUGAAGACUUUUUUGGAAGGGAGACAAGGGAAGAGUGGAAAAAACUGAAGCUUCAGUAGAGAGGCUGGGCCCUGGAGAACACUCAUUGUACAGUUGCUGGAUGGUUCCGAAGGAGACUGAGUGGGAAUGAGAGUUUGAUUUAGGAUGAAGCUUAUUUUUUCCCAAGUUACUUAAAUGAUAAAAGUGAUAGGCUUGAAAUGAAGUCUCAGAAAACAAAUUUAUUUAUUUCACUCUCAGAAAACAAAGUCUAUUUCAGAAUGUUCAUAUUAUGUGUUAAGUAAAAGCCUUGUUUCAGAAUUGUCACAGUUUUAUUCCUCAGGUUUUCAGUGUUAAGAAUUUUGUUUAUUCAUUUUUUUCCCUAGCUUUCUUGGUGGAAGUACUUUGUUUUCAAUGUUCAGAAGAUGAAGACUGCUCUUUGUAGAAAUAAGAGUUUGAUGAAAUGGUACAAGAGUUUGAAUCUCUGCAAGAAACUAUGAAAUGCUCGAACGAGAUAAAGUGUUUUUGUUUUUCUCUUUAUGUUUACCAUAUAUGCAGAGUGAAAGCAGAGGCCCCUUCUUGGAUCUGUAACCUAGCUAAAAGCUGUUCACAUUUUUUCUAAUCGGCUGUGAUCCACUCAGAAUGUGCCAGGGUUUGUUCUGCGUUUGCUGCUCAUGUGCUGAUACUAAUAGCACUAUCUUGAUUUGAAGCAUGUGGUCGAGGGCCAUUGAAAGCAAUCUUUCAUUAAUGCAGAUAAAACCAGCUUACAUGGGCAAAGUUACAAGAUGACAUCUUCGAUUCCGCAAGUAGUGACUCUUAGAGCACCUUUCAAUAUUUUGUAUUUCUAAAAACCAUUGCUUUGGGAUAUGGUUCUUAAUAAGCACUUUAAAAGAGAAAAGACAGCCAUUACUAUUUUUUCUGGUUCAGUCAUGCUUUGGGAAGGAGCAUCAGCAAUAGAUUUCAAAAAAGUAAGUAUUAAGCACUAUACUAAAGUGUUUUUUUUUUUCAGUCAUAUUGAAAAUUCUUUGCCUAGGUCCCGGUUCUGAAACUAAUAGCAUAUGUGUUUGCACAGGAACAUUGGUAGGUGUUUUGACCCCUUGAAAUAAAGGAAGGAGCUUAAGGAAGUUACAGUAUCGUAUUUGACCUUUCAGUACAUUUUUAAAACUUCAGUUGUAAUUUGACAUUAUUGUUCAGCUUUUCAAGUACUGAAUUUAAAUGCUACUGUUAAAAAUUACCUUAUACUUAAAUAAUUUUUCUGUAAAUAAAAAUAUACUUUUGGAUUAUU